AUGCAAACCAUAGUCCGCAAACCCGUGCCAACAGCCAAAACGCCGUCACCGCCCAUAGGACUAUCAUCUAACGCAGGCCAUUCACGGAAAUCUCGGCCAUCUACGAAGGCUAUUCGAUCUACUCCCGCGUCUUCACCGCCAUCCAUUGCCCGUACAGAUACCUUACCAGACAUUCCUGCCGCCAGUCGACCCUCUUCGCCUUCGCCGAGGAAAGCAGCCAAGGACCUGUCCAGCCUAUUUACAUUUGCGGUAGAUGAUGACACACCGCCGAAAUUGCGCGAGAGGAGGCCCCCCUCGAGCGUAGCGAAGCGCAUGCUUCGGCGCACAGGCACGGACUCCAGCGCAAGCGGCAGUGGUGCCAGCUUUUCUGCAAGAUCGGUCGACAUGUUGUUACGUCCGACGCCAGUCACACCCACGAAACUUGCCAAGACAAAGUCUGAAUCUAUGAUCGACCUAACCUAUGGGUCACCCCGCAGCGGUCCUCUCACACCAUCCAAAUCACAUGGCCAGGAAGACGUCUCCUCGCCUCCUGUCCAAACAUCCUCCCGACCAACCAUGGCUGCAUCGAACGUUCGAACCUACGGCGGCAAGUCGCGCUCGUUCCUCGUUGCGCUGCCUGCUACACAUUUUGACCCUCUCUCGCGGAGCAAUACACAGUCACAGACUCCACUUGGGGACGGGGAGGAUGCGAUGUUGGGCACCAGCCAGGAAGACGACUUCGAAAUCCGCGAGUCUUACACAGAUUUGCGGAACCGGUGGGGCGUGGACAACUCAGAGGAUGACCCGCGUCCUGUUUCCCCGAUACAAGCGUCUCCUGGAGACAGGAACAGGCGCAAGGGUAAAGGAAAAGCUGUCGAGCUGCCGUCAGUCUAUCUGCCGCCCGGGAUGCACAACGAUGUCAAAAGCAUCACUGAGCUGCGGAGCAAGGGGGAGAACAGGCGAUUCUUGGAUGACGUCGGUUAUCUCUUCGAAGGGCUGGAGGAAGAUUCACCUCUUAGCGUCCGCCGUGGAAGUGCCCUUGAGAUCGUGACGAAGUUUUGCGACACCGAUUUUGCACGCAAGGCCAAGGCCGCCGACUUCCUCGGUCGUGCCUGGGACGCUCUACGACAGGCCGGCGCUGCCGACGGCGAUAAGGUGUUAGACAGCACAAUUGUCUCCUUUGCAGCUUUGGUCUCUAGAGAUGCAGGUGAUCUCGUUGAGCUGGCCACAAAAUCAGACUUGGUGUCGGUCCUUUACAGCUCUUUAGCCACGCUGGAUUGCUCUAAUGACCCUCUUUGGCUGAUAUCAUGCUCGCUGACGGAUUCCGAGUUGAAGAAGGCGGGAGUCUCUAAACUGGAGAAGACACUGCUUGCGGACCUACAUAGACUGGUACGAAAGAAAUCUGGUCUCAUGGAUACCAGUGAUAUCGUCUCCAAUCGUGUGCUCAUCUCUAUCGCGUUGAGUGCUGUACCACCGUUACUGCAUUCGGCAGCUCAGCUUCCGACCGUUUUGAAAAGUCUGACCGCAGAACUGAGCGUGGUAUCUUCUCGUGUCUCUGCUUACGAGACUGGUCUUUCGCUGGUCCCAUCUGCUUCCUCAUCGUUGCUCAAAACACCGUCGCUGCUGCACAUCCUUAACUGCCUUCACUUGCUUGAUUCUUCUCUACUCGGCCGUUGGGCAAACCAUGGAACCGACAACGAUCCUGGAACCGAUAGACUUGGCUUGCAACGGGAAGCAGGACUUGGGGCGGCUCUCAUGACUUUAUGUGUUGCCUGCGACGUCAUAUCACGGGAGGACGAGUACGCUGAGCAGCGGGCUGUAGCAGCCAAAUGUUUGGAGUCCACCCUGCGGGUGCUCAUCAAUCUAACCCAUGACGACUUGCCUUGGUGCCAAGCACUUCUCGAUGAACCUUCGUCUAUGACGAUCCUCGCCCGUCUUAUUAUUAUGGCUCAGUCUCGGAGCGGCAUCACUCAGCCAGCACUCAAGAAUGAAGACCACACCACAGCGAGCCUCGAUAACGAUUUUGUGGAUGAUUCCGCGCUGUCUCUCGACCUCUUAUGUUUGGCUCUUGGUCUGCUUACGAAUCUGGUACAAGUCUCCCAUGAAGCCAAGGAAAUGGCUCACGAUACAUUACUCGACUUCAAAUGCCCUGUUUGUCUCGCUUUCGUUUACCUGGAGCGCUGCAAAACGGACAACGAGAUCGAUCCCUUCGUGCGGGGUCACAUGGCAGUCCUCUUCGGGCUCCUGAUGCAACAGUGCCCGGCAAACCAGCGCGUUCUCUUAGAUGCGUUGCCCGGUACCUCUGACAAACAAAGGCUCAACUCUCUGGUCGAACACGCUCGUGAAUUCACUCUCUUCUAUGUCGAGUUCACGAAAAAAGUGUCGGCGGCAAUCAGAAGUCAAAUACGUGAAGAGGAGGAAGAUGACGAGGAAAGCGUGGAAGUCAGCGCGGGCGUUGGUUAUGGCGCCGUCUUGCGAGACACACGGGGUGAAACGGUUGCGAAGGAUGUUAUCGUGUUCCUUGAGCGCUUUCGAGAUCAAAGACCUGUGCGAUAAUGACCGUUCCAUUCCUGUAACUUAUGUACUAUGGAUAAUCACAAUCUGAGCGAUGCUCUGAGGCCGCAAAUUGAUAGUU